GGUUUCGCGGCUAAAAUUCUCUUAUAUUUUCACGAUGUGAUUAAAAUUAUUUGUGUACUUUUUCAAAUUCAAUUUAGAUUUAAUGUAUUACUUUGAAUGGAAUCGAUAGAAUCCUAAAAAACAAACAUUCUGUAAGCGAAAUAAAAAUAUGAGUCAUCAUUUCAAUAAAAUUGUUAAAAGUCAUGGGAUCAUUUCUAUUUUGCUAAAUUUAUAACGAUAAUCUUAUUAAAUAUGUAUACUGAUCAACAAAUUAUAAGAAUAAUUCAAUUUCUUAAAAAUACUACAUUGCAAAAUAUUUUGCAAUGUUCAUGUAUCUACCUAGGUAGUGCAAGUUUGAAGUUCUUAUUGCAAAGGUUUGCCAAGCUCAGCAUAGGUAAAAGUGCCAAAAUGGCGUCUCCACAGGACAGCUUUGUCCCUUACCUGCAAAUACCAUCACCACUCAAGGACCUCGAUCUAUCUCGACCUUUAUUUAUAUCCCUGAAUUCAAACAUCUGCAAGGAUGAGUGCAAAUCAAUGGGAUUGGUCGCUGGCUUCGGCCGACGACCUGCUAACAUCUAAUGAACGAUCUUUGCUGCUCGAAGUCGACCUAUUAAAUACCGAUGAAGAUCUGCUCAAGAACUUUUCCGGCGCUGGAACGAAGGUCGGCCUCGGCGGCUACGCGGUUCACGACGAGUUCUCCAACUCGCUGUACCCGCCGUCGCCGCAGGAGAGCAAGCCCAGCCGGGCGGAGCUAGCCAACGACCUCCUGCAGCAGCUGGAAAGUCAAUGCAAGCAAGAAAACAUAUUUUCCAACUGGCUGGAAGAGAAGGUGGACCUCCCGAUCUUCGAAAACAUCUCCCAAGUACCGGAGCGCGUGGAGGUGCCGCAGGGCGUGCCCGUCGCGGGCGUCCCGUACGCGCCGCAAGCCGGCCCGCAGCCGACCGAGGAGCUCCUGCGCGAGUUCGAGACCGUCUACGGCGCCGUCGAGCUGACGCACCUCACGCCCCCGCAGAGCCCGCCCGGCCCCGCCACCCAGCUGCUGCUCAGCUACGCGCAGCACGCGCAGGGCGUCGCGCCGCCCGCCCUCGCCCAGCCGGGGCCCGAGCACUGGCCCGUGGCGGCCGCGCCGGCGAUCCUCCCGGACUACGACUGCGACUCGCAAGCGCUCGAGGAGCUGGUGCGGCUGCGCGCGGCGCAGCUGACGUCGCCGCAGCCGUCGGGCGCCAGCUCCAGCGGCUCGUCGCCGCCGUCGUCGCCGCGCUCGUGCUCCACGGACGACGAGUGGGCCUCCUCCUCCUCCCGCCCCAAGCCCUACUCGCGCAACGUCGACGACCGCCGCUCGCGCAAGAAGGAGCAGAACAAGAACGCCGCGACGCGCUACCGCCAGAAGAAGAAGGCCGAAAUCGAAGUUCUGCUCAACGAGGAGCAGAACCUGAGGCAGCACCACGCGGCCCUCGGCGACAAAUGCGCGGACCUCCAGCGCGAAAUUCGCUACCUCAAGGGCCUCAUGCGCGACCUGUUUAGGGCUAAAGGUCUCAUAAAAUAAAUAUUCCUCUCGGUUCGCCCACUUAAGCGAAAGAAUUUAACCUGUUUCACCGCCGACGAGCGGCUAGAGAUUUACAGUUCCAAAAGAAGAAAUGGAGUUCUUUAUUUCGAAUGUUAUGUUUAAGUUAUUUUCUAGUUAUGCUAGAUAAGUUUUAAGUUUUUACAGAUAUAAUUUUUAAUAAACUUCGAGCAGCACUUAUCAUUCAAAUCAUUAGUCGAGGGAUAACAUCUUAACCAUGUAACAUCUUAGUAGUCGCAGGUGGCGCCAUUAUCACCAUAUUUCUUUAUUUAGAGGAUAGGUUGCAUUCAUUGUUAUGAAAGCAUAGUUUAUUAAAAUUUUACUAAACAUUUUCGUUUCCAUCAAAUAUUAAUGUUUUACGUUUAAAAUUAUUACGUGAAUCUAAUAUUUUUUAUAUAUUUUAUUGUACAUGUUUUCAUACAAUAUAUGGAAUGCGACGGCGGAAAA